AUGGCAUCUAUUGUAUCUUCCAAUGGUGUUACUGCUCCUACCAAGCUUCAACUAGCCCUAGCAUUGGCUGUUGUCAAGCAGAAACCACCAGACACAGACAUUCAAGACUACAUUUUAGAGCUCCGACAGUGCAUCAAAAGAGGCAAGAACUGGAGCGAUGUUAUUGAGACCGAGAAAUUCCUCGACAGCGUCUCCUUCUGGCAACAAGCGUACGAGCGGUCUGAGGCAAGACAGAGCGAACUGCGAGAUCAAAUGCAUGAGCUCAAGCAGCGCAAUGAAGCUCUGCUUAUCAAGUUGCGAGGUCAAGACGGGUCCUUACCAGUGAACAAACGCAAGGCGUCUACCACUGGCAAAGACUCGAAUAGCACAGAUGUCGCCAGGACCCGCGCAAGGCCAUCGAAGACUACACCGAAAACUAUCACAUUGAAAAAGAAUGAUACCGAUGAUCCUGAAGAAGAAGCUUUAUGUCUCAAUAGACAGUUGCAUACCCUCGAAAAAGCCCUUCAAGGGCGACAAACCAGCAGCUCUGUGGCCAACUCGCUGGCUAUAGAUGCAGUGACUCUUUGCAAGUGUGCAGAACAAAAGCUGAUCCAAACCAUUUCGACGGAACAAAAAACCUCUCAAAUUAAACUGGUCAAGACACCGGAUCCAGACGCUGUCAUUAAAGGAGUGGCAGUGACUUUUCAUCUCGUGCACAAAACGUUGCACAAACUGACUAGCAACAAAAAUGGUAUGCAAUACAAAGCCCAGAUCACCUACUACCUGGUCGUUCUAUUCGAAUCAACCAUGACUGCGCUCGCUCUUCAUUGCACUUCAAUAUCCAAACAGGAGUCAAAGACAAGAAAGACAACGACCGAUAAAACCCAAGAGUCUACACAAGGAGACAAAAACGCCAAACAGAAGACGUCAUCCACCAAGAAUGAGGUGGCAUCUCAACUCGCAGAUUUACUCUGCACAAUGGCGCUCUCCCUUGAUCUAACGCGCACCGAAGAUCAAGAUGUAAUGGAGGGGAUCCUCUUCCUUCUCCUCACUCGCAUGGGAAGAAUGCUAGCUCUGCACGUUUUCCAUGAUCUGCGACUGCCAAUGGGUAUCUGUCCCGGGAUGACGUUUCCCGAAGGAUUGGAGGCAAUGACAGACGAGGGUAUCAUGCCGAAUGAGGCAGAAGUUGAAGCCAAAUAUCUCGUCCGACUUCUGGACAGGAUUCUGAAUGUUGAACUCUCUCAAUCAGCAGCCGAGAAACUGAUUGCUCGCAAGCUUAUCGCAGAUGCCAAAGAUCGUCUACAGAAGACGCUUCUUCGGGCGGUUUUCGGAGCUGAUGAAGAUUUGUUUCGGGAAGGCAUGCGGCAUUUGCAGACUCCACCUCCUCAAGUGCCUGAAGAUGAACAGGCGAGAGAGGAGAAGUUUGCGGAUUGGCUUACUCAAGAGGUAUGGCGAAUUGUGGGCUGGGACGUGUUGAGGGCUGCAUUUGGUCCAACCUAG